AAUAGUGUUUACCGACAUUAGUAAUACAUUUUAGUACAAAAACAGUAUUUCUGUUCCGAAAAGAUCACAUGUCGUUCAUAGCAAAGAUCCGGAAGUUUGGAUGCAGUGGUAUAAUGAAUUAUCAAGUGGCGAGGAAUCUUCAGUAACGGAUGAGGAUGGAGAUGAAUUAGAAGUGGAUAUGAUUCUAAAUAGCGAUCAUGACACCAAUACAGCAGAAGAAAUAGCGGAGCAUGAAGAAUCAGAAGAAAAUAGCGAAGAUAGUGACCAAUCUACAAGUACGAAAUUUUAUCUACGAAAAGACAAGACGACGAAAUGGAAACAAAGGAGACCUAAUGUGCAAAUAAAGUUCGCGUCAAUUACAACCGUGACAGAGACGCAAGACAAACAGAUCAAAAGGAGAUUAGAGCAUUAUUUGGAAUGUUGUUGCAAACUGGAGCGUUUGGAAGUUCAAGGCAAGAUGCACGUCAGAUGUGGGAUAACCCUAAGGGGAGCGGUAUAG